GCCGAUAAGUUGUUCGGCGAAAGUAAACCAGCAGCCAUGUGAAUGUGAACAUCGCGGUGUUUCAUGGAUGGAUACACGGUGAAAGGAAACUUUACAACGAAAAAAGAAAAUUUAUUUGACGCAAUACUGUUCAGUGUUGACAUAUAAAGUCAACGCAUGUUGGAUGUGUAUAUGAAACCUCGGCUGAAGCUAGGUGUGUGAUCGAUAUAUUGUGUCUGUGUUUCUGAACGACAUCCCCUUCAAUCGUCACAUCAGAAAUCACACUGAUCUUUACAGAUACUGAUGUUCAAGCCAGCUUCUUGAAGGAUACAUUUUCCGGAGUUAUCGUGAGGCAGCAUUUCGAGGACAGGAUUGUCGUGUAGCGUAACCAGCAAUAAAUUAAUGAAUACUUGUGAAAUUGUAGAGCAAUAGAGGCAGGUGCUAUUUUCGGAUUGAUUCUCCAGCAGGGCUGAAUGAUGAGGGUUUGGAGAUUAAAACGGCCUCUGUGGGCAGUUACUGUAAUACUCAUCCUCAUAGUGAUCAGUCGUCAUUUCAAACCCAAAACCGUGUUUAAAACGUCAGUUCUUGAAUGGUUUAAAAUUGAAAAUGAAUCAAAAGAUCCGUUAUUGAACUUACAUCAAUUCGCCUUCUCAUUGAGUGCAAAUGUAUGUGCAAGGAAUCCCGACAUUUUAUUUUUUGUGCACUCCUCGACAAAGUCUGUAGAGUUGAGGAACGCUGCUCGGAAAACAUGGAUGACUCUGACAGACAGCGGCAACGUGUCAAUGGCUACUGUCUUUAUGGUUGGUAUGACAACAAAUGUGACCGUUCAGAAGUCAGUCUACUCCGAGGCCAGUAUCUACGGUGAUAUUGUUCAAGGCAACUUCAUUGACGACUACCGUAAUCUGACAUAUAAACACAUCAUGGCAUAUGACUGGAUACUAGCAAACUGUCCUAACGUAAAACUAAUUACCAAGCUAGACCACGAUGUUCUUGUUAAUGUGCCAUAUUUAAUCAAAUUCGUCAAUCAGAAUGGUUACAGGCAAGAUUUUCUGUAUUGUUCGGUAUCCAAAGCUCCGGUAGUUUUGCGAAAUCCCAAAAUGAAAUGGUAUGUCAAUGAAAGCGUGUAUCCCUUCAACGUGUAUCCAGAUCAUUGUGCCGGCAGAGCCUACAUGAUCUCGUUAGAUGCCGCCAGACGAUUGCACAAGGCCUCAUGUUACGUGCGCUUCUAUUGGAUAGACGAUGUUUACGUCACAGGUAUCCUUGCACUGAAAGCAGGCCUCGCGCCUCAGCCAUUUGUAAAGGGCCAUGGCUAUCUUGCACCUAUAUUUGUAAAGCCGGACAUUUAUCAGUUGCUAUUUAUUGGCGUAGGGUCGGCGAGAAGAGCUCAAAGGUUUUGGAACUACUUACAAUCGUAGAGAUUAUUAUCGUCACGAGAAAGGUUAAAUUUUCUACCUCGCAGGUGUUGUUUGAUUGCUUUUCUUUAUUGAUUAGCAUCAGGAAUCACCAAUACAACACCGAGAAUAAAUUAACUAAGAUAUAUAUCACUUCGACGCCUGAUCUUGGUGCAAGGAAACCUCAUCGUGAAAACUCCAACUGCCUCUUGUUUAACAUUGCUAAAAUCGGUUUUAUUGUGAAGACAUAAAACCAACCUGUCCGUGUUUCAUAAAUCAGUGAUUAUAACUGAAUUAUGUUUUUGCUGCAAUGUUCAUGUAGUUAUCGUUAUGUCAAGAGAUUUCCUUUACAGGUCAGUUGUAAUUCUUGAAGAGAUCAGUAAUACUGGAUCAGAUCACAUAGCAUUGUUUUAGUGACCUUCAGGACAGCCAUCGUCCAAAUAUUUCAAAAAUCCAAACACUAUGUAGCCAAGCCACGUGUGACUUAAUUGUAAUUACUCAAUCUGCAAUCUUAAUCCUUAUCACUACCGCAAUUUACAUUGUCUUGUCAGCCACCCUGUACCACACUGUCACUGUCAUUAAUUAUAAUGUAUAUGACAUUUAUUGCCUCAAUUGGUCAUCCCUCUUGGCAGUGUCUGCCAUCACAUCAGCUGGUCAAGGAAGUGCUAUUGCUUCUCUAUUUGUCCAUUGUCUGCGCGUUGACAGCAUGUUGAAGCCUUCCUUCGUAUUAAACAAAAGCAUUGAAUAAAAUUGAAGCAACAUGUUAUUUUAUUCUCUUGUGUCUCCAUUUGUAACAAAUAGUAGUAUACUAUCUAUUCUAUAUUUCUGUAGAACAUAUUUAAACCUCAACCGUCUCUGUUAUUUGUAAGAAAAAAUUAAGGGUUAUUUACGUUCGUCUAUAUGUCUUGACUUACGCUAGUGUUACUAUCUGUGUUUUAGGAUGAUAGUAAUGGUGACGAUUACAAUACUAGUUACAUUCAGCCGACAUCUGCGUCAGCGGGAUUAUAUGAAAGUUUGACAUAACAAUACCACAAUAUUAUUGUUACUCUCUGACAACGAGGCACGAGGGUAAGUUGACGUGCGCUUCCGUCAUUCACAGUCAAAAUAGAAUAUACUUACGCACAUAUUACAGAUUUAAGUAUUAUUCGUAACCUAUACGCAACCUAAGUGUAGCUGGGUCACAUUCAAUAGGCUAUCUAGGCAAAGAAAAGAAACGGAUAUACUUCAUCAGCAGGAGGUAUCAGCUAAAGCUUCGGAAAACACAUCAAUAGACUCUUCGCGUUUUAGUGGUAAGUAGUCUUCUUGGAAUACUACCAGAUACUACAGGCCAGAUAACACAUGGGAAUCUACAUAUAUUUGAAGGACAGUGAGAUAUUGGAAAAAAGAGCAUAAACAGUGUU